AUGGAAUCUAGCGUCGAAGAAUUCUCCUUCUCUGGCUGUCAUUCCUUCAACCUUGUGCCUGUAAAUGUGGCUGUCUCAUACCUCUACUUCUUCUUGUUCCCCAUCUCACUACUGCUUAAUGUGAUAGCAGCGUGGGUGUCUUUCCACCUCCGGUCCACCUCGACCUUCAUUGUGUAUCUCAAAAACCUGGUGGCUUCUGACCUGCUCAUGACACUGACGCUGCCAACAAUCGCAGCUGGCAUGCUACCCGAAGCAACGGUUGAGUUGGAUGUGUUUUCCUGUCGUUUCUCUAGUGUGAUUUACUACAACUGUUUGUACACAAGUAUUACUUUAAUGGGUCUUAUCAGCCUUGAUCGCUUUUUCAAAAUUGUUAGACCAUGGGUGUUAGGACAAAACCUGGUCUUCAGUUAUGUAAUGGCCACCUUGGUGUGGGUGGUGUUGUUCGGCACAACAGUAAUACCAACUAUCAUUCUAACUGACCAGGAACCUGUUAAUACAACAGACAAUUUCUGUAUGUCCCUGAAACGUCCAGCUGGUCGGACUCUUCACAAGUUUGUGGUCCUGUUUAUGGAGACUCUCUUCUGGCUUGUCACCAUACUAAUUGUGUUUUGCUACAUUUGCAUCACCCUGAAAGUCCUGCAGUCCUUCAGAAACUCUGGGAGCAAAAACAACCACGGAAAGAAGAAGACCAAGCUACGAGUCUUCUUGAUCCUUCUUGUGUUUUUUGUGUGUUUUGUACCUCUUCAUGCGAUACGUAUUCCAUUCUCACUAAAUGAAAUCUUUGACAUGAAUGUCUGCGUUGACGUGUGGGUGACAAUAUUGAAAAGAAUUGCCACGUGGGUUGCAAUCACUAGUUCCUGCCUGGACCCUCUUCUCUACGUCUACCUGUGUAAGGAGUACAAAGAGAAACUGUUUGAAAUGCUGAAAGCUAGAGGGAUUUGUGUCUGGUUAUGUUCAGAUGAAAGAGAGGAGACUUGA